AUGGCUGCUGGCAACAAUCGCGUUCAUGGCGACCUGAACAACACCGAGGUCAUGCGAGAGACCAAUUUUCUGGUCCCAGACCCAACUUAUGCAGGAAAAACAUUGGCGAUCCUGGAAUCAGAGGACGAUGCAGAAAUCAGAUCAAAAUAUCGACCAUUCCUCACAAGCCCAGAAGUGGCGAAUAGCGACUGGAUCUCCCAGUCCGAACUCAGCACAGUAUUGAAAAUGUCCGAAGCAGAUUUGGCAAAGACUGGAGGCAACAGACUUAAGAUUUUGGUCUUGUAUGGCAGCUUGCGGGAAAGAUCGUACUCGCGGUUAUUGGCUUACGAAUGCUCACGCAUACUUUGGCGUCUGGGUGCCGAUGUUCGUGUCUUUAAUCCUUCUGGCUUGCCUGUCAAAGACGAUGUUCAACAUCAACACCCGAAAGUUCAAGAGCUUCGUGAGUUGAGCAAAUGGAGUGAUGGUCAUGUAUGGGUAUCUCCUGAACAACAUGGUAAUCUCACAGCCGUGUUCAAGAACCAAAUCGACUGGGUUCCAUUAAGCACAGGUUCAGUAAGACCGACCCAAGGACGCACUCUGGCAAUUGCUCAAGUCUCUGGCGGCUCACAAUCCUUCAACACUGUCAAUUCCCUUCGUGUUCUCGGACGUUGGAUGCGCAUGUUUGCAAUCCCCAACCAAUCUUCAAUACCCAUGGCAUACACUCAAUUCACCGACGCACUUGACGAACAAGAUCACGACGCAUUCAUCAAGGCAGAAGGUGGAAGCAGACUCAAGCCUUCAGGCAAUCGAGACAGAGUUGUCGAUGUCAUGGAGGAACUGUUCAAGUACACUCUCAUCAUGCGAGAGCACUUUGAUCUCUUUGGUGAUCGACACAGCGAACGAAAAGAAAAAGAAGCCAAACGAUUGAGAGAAGUUGAAGUCACCAAGCAGGAAGAAAAGGCAGGUCAAGAAGGCAAUGCAACAAGUAUGGUCACUGCAAAACUUGUCAAUGGCAUUGAUGUCAAUGGUGUCAAAUGA